AUGCCACCGCAGGCCGCUUCGACAUAUGUUGCGCAUUCGUCAGGAAGAGAUGGCAGGGAGUACCGGAGACCGACUGCAUACACCACCGCCGGGCAUGAUGUUCCUAGAUACGGCCACGCAUACCAGCCCGCAGCGCCCCGGGCCCGGAGAAAGAGCAGCCCGAGUGUGGACAAGGAGUACCGCCAGAACAGAGUUUCGACAGGUCUCACCUCUUCGUCGGAAGAAGUGGACUCUGAGGAUGACGAUGAUGACUCGGAUGAAUCCGACGGCGACGUGAUUGUCACCAUCAGCAACACCAGACGACGUCGGAGGGAUACAAUUGUUCCACAGCCGGAAUCGGACGACGACGACGACGACGACGACGACUCGUCGCCCGCUCGCGCUCGUGGACACAGGGAACGCUAUGGCGAGUCGUCGGAAGACGAUGACCCUCGUGGAGCUGAGCUGAGAACGCCCUCCACCUCCAGCCGUGACGAGGACAUUUCGCCCUCUACCAAGAGAACGAGGCGACGGCUCAUUGAAGCCGCGCCGUCGCAGCCACAGUCUCACCGCUCGAGGGUAGCUAGCGAUCCUGUGGAGCAACAAAAUCCGCGGUCCACGAGACGAUCUUCCAGGCGCACUGAGCCCGUUGUUCUACAGCAGCGCGUCAGUCCUCGCAAGGUACGCAGGGAGCCAUCGCACAGCGAUUCCAGCAGGUUGUCGAGCAUUGUCUCUGGCGGGGCCGGCACGCACUAUCACGCCGAUCAGCCUAGAGUCAAGGUCCGACCUGCCAUGCCUGCCAGAGUGUCAUGUGGCGAGUCCUUCGUACCAAACCUCGUCAAGAGCGACGGUGUCCGGAACAGCACCCGCUGCGACACAUGCAAUCAGAAGAUUUGUCUUUCUUGCAAUGGCAAGUGGCAUGCGGCGCCUGACUGCCAAGCCGAAGCCGCUGGGCCCAAUCACGCGAGGCACCCUCGGGAUGCGGGACGGCAGAGAUGCCCACCCAGCAUCACCACCACCGGCAACAAGCAAUACUACGCUGACAGGACAGUUGCUGAUGAGGAAUCAGAGAGCGAUGAUGACCCUCCUGUCAGACAAUAUGCGGGUCGUCGAGAUGCUAGACCUCGCGUAUAUCACGCAGAACCUCCGCGCCAACGUAAAGUGCAAGACAACUAUGAUGAAGACCUGGCACGACAGAUGGAGUUAGACAUGGCAUUAGAAGAUACAGACGAUGAUAAUGAAGAAUACGACAUUACAGUGGGCCGAGUGGACCGAGAUGGUCUAGGUAUUUCGUCAGGCCGUCGACGCAACACGCAUUACAGUCACAGCAGCGGGCGAAACAGAACCCAGCCACGAGAAUCGCCUCCAGCCCAUGAGCCCGGCUACAAAACUCCUCCGCGGUCCGUCUAUGACAGAGGCAACUAUGUCUCGGAAAUUGGACGCGCGAGAGGAUUGAGGAGCGACUCGUUCAGGGAGGAUUCAAUGGAGCGACGCCUUGCGCAGAGACUAUCCGAGCCCCGGCCCAACGCAGGCCCGCCCAUGGGGUUCCCUCCAGGUCCGCCCCAUGGUGGCCCUGCGGGCAUGAUGCCGCAGGUCGUACCGCCUCCUCCAAUGGGUCCUACACCUUACCAUCAGCCUCACCAGAUGCGCAUGCCCAUGGGUAGUGUGCCCCUAACGAGCAGCCCUCCUAUGAUGUCUUCUCCUCCACAUCCAUUUGGGAGCUUCCCACCGCAUCCGUCACAAGCGAUACACUACCAGCCACCGCCGGCGAGAAGCAUGAUGUCCGACUACGAUCACGGCAGUAGUCCCAGAAGCAGCACCGGGCCGCGGUCGUCGUCCAUGGCGGGCUUGAGCUCGCAUGGAGGUGAGGGCAAAAGCAGGGUGCACGAAUGGCGCAGGCAUGUGGACGCCGGUGCGGCAGCCCACGAGGAGUACAUUGUCCCAGAGACGAUUCCGGAGGAGCGGAUGAUUUCCGGGUGA